CGAAAUGCAAUCAGUUUCUGUUCUUCGCGUAUCGUCGCAGAUCUGUAUUAAAUAUUCCACCGUGUAAUGAUACUUCAAUUGAAUGGUAUAUUCUAUUGAAUUAGAAGUGCAAUUGUUGUAAGAACACAGUGAGAGGAGUUUGGAAAAUAUAAAUUGUAUUGUUUGUGUAAUAACGUUCAAAGUGAGCCGUUUGAUGUCUAUGUUUGCUAUGGUGUUUACAAAAAGUGUUGGCGUGUAGCAAAGCAGUGAAACAGCGAAAAAAAAACUAGCAAGCAAAACGAUUGUUGGAACUAACAGUAAAUAAACAAGCAAAUCCUUAAGUGAAGAAUCCGUUUUGUUCAAAAUGGAAAGCAUUGAAGAGCACCGAGAGUUUCUUGAGUACUUCAAAGCGCACGUUGAUCCCACAGAUCAGCUUCCGGUGCGAGUUCCUGGUUACCAUCUUUUGGAGUCGGAAAUCGAUGGAGAAGUUAUCAAUUGGGUGCUGCAGUAUUUGCUCCAAAUGAAAUGCCCUCAAAGUUUACUCGCACCCAUCAUAAAUGAAGUAGUUCAAGAAACGAGUAAAUCAUACUUGAAACUGCCCAAGCUAUGCGGCUUUGAUGGAUAUGCGUACAAUCCCUUGAAAUUAAGUACAAUAGUAAUAUCACACACAAACGACAUUUGUGAGAGGCUGCUUGAUAAUGCAGAGCUAAAUGAAAUUUUGGCCAAAAGUUCCGCUUCAGUAUUAACACAAACUCCCAGACAUUGCGUGAAGGCCAUCAAGAACACGCGUCGAAAGAUGGAAGACAGACAUGUUUGUAUUAGCGAUUUCAACGGAAUGUUUGGAUGUAAGGAUCCAGAACCUACCAGCUUCUACGGAGUAUUUGAUGGGCACGGAGGACAAGAUGCUGCUUUUUUUACAGCGGCGCAUCUUUGUUACAACAUUGCAAAAAGCUCUAAGUACCCUCAGAAUAUCGAAGGAGCAAUCAAAGAAUCAUUCCUGAAAACCGACGUGGCUUUUAUAGAUAAAUCAGAAAAACAUGCACUAAACUGUGGAACCACCGCCCUGGUGUGCAUCUAUAGAGCAAUCGAAAAACGGCUGAUUGUUGGUUGGGUCGGUGACUCACAGGCUCUUCUGGUGUGCGAAGGAAAAGUAUGUCAAAUAGUGUCACCGCAUGUCCCAUCUGUAGAGAGCGAAUGCAACAGAAUUGAAAAACUUGGCGGAGUUGUUCUAAACUGGAAUGGAUCCUACCGUGUCAAUGGGCAGCUGGCUGUAUCAAGAGCUAUCGGUGAUGCUCCACUAAAACCAUACAUAACGGGUGAACCUGACAUAUCAUCGAUAACCCUAGAAGGCAAAGAAGAUUUUCUAAUUAUCGCUAGUGACGGUUUGUGGGAAGCGAUCUCUGAAGAUUUCAUUGCUUUAUUCGUAUACCGUAUGAUUGCGGAUAAUCCAGAGUGUGCAGAUUCCAUAGCCGAACAACUAGUCGAACGUGCAAGGAAAGGGACAUCGGACAAUAUCACUGUUGUGGUAGUUCUCUUUAAGGACCCUCAUCUAAUUGCUAAGUCACCCUGGCUAAAUAAAAUGGAAGCAACGUAUGAGAAAAAUAAUACCGACAAUACUUUCGACAAUGAUACUGCACAUUUCAAAUUCAGCAACAUGGACGGAGGACUUGACAUUUCUUCAGAUAUACUUGAUUCCAACGAGUUAGAAGAACAUCAGAUGAUAUCUUCUCCAACGAUAACGAAAAACAAUUACAACGAAUCUAAUCAUGUUCAUAUUAGCGACAAAUCAACAGACGUCGUUGACCAUCAUCAACGAUUUGUGGAUGAUUUUGGACCGGAAACAGAUGUAGAUGCAAUGGAUGAUCCCAAUGCUAUCAAAUCUCCAGUGGAACAUCAAACGAACGGAGUUAAACCCACUUCUCUAGAGAAUAAAAUCAUACAGCAAUUAUCAGAGCAGAAUCGGGAAUUCUUAAGCGACAGUAACCCAUUUAAGAAUGAUCAUUUCGACCAAUUCAGUGAUGAUCAUCUUAUGCUGGAUGACACGAUCGAAAAAAGUCAUAGCCCAUCAGAAGUGGUUGAUAACAAAAUUAUUGACGCUCUGGAGUCGUUAGCAGUCAGCAACGGAGAUGAAGGAAAGUACGAGCUUGAAAGUGAGAAACAAAUGGAAAAUUCACAUGAUACUAGGCAAAAAUCUCCCGAAAUACUCGAUUUUACGGAGAAAGUUGAUAACAAUCAUGAGAAGAAUUUAUUCGCUCUUGAUCAUGCAGCCGAAAUUGAUGACACGUUCGUGCAAUAUUCUGAGAAUCCUUUCAAUCAAACAGUGAAUGAAGACGCGCAGCUUGUUGAUAAAGUUGACACAGAACUUUUGGCCGAUACAGCAUGUGUGGCAGAGAGUGUCGGCGAAGAUACUGAAGAGGAAGAGGACGAAUGGAACUACAUCAAGGCGGACGAGAAGUCUAAAGAUAAUCUUCAAAGUCCCAACCCGCUGGACAAUCAGAAUUUAGAAGGCGAGUUACUUAUCACAGACCCAGUACAACCUCAAGAAAGUGAACAAAUUGAACCAGUGACUGUGUCAACUGAAGUACCGGUGUUGAAUAUUGCAGGCGAUUCACAAUUGCUUGAUUUUUCGAUAGCAGACAGUGUAGAGAAAGAAGACACUUUUGAGCAAGAAAAAGAAAACGUAGAAAUAGUAGAAACAACGGCUCCUGUUGACGAAAUAUCUGAUAACAACGUACCCGAGGAAACCUAUUCGGCAGAGGACGCUUCUGAAGAGCAAGCAGCAGUUGUAUUUGAACAGGAAAUUGCAGAAACAACAAUUGCAUCCCCAUUGACAAGCGCUGUUGCGCCUGUGGUACUCGAGGACGUUGAUCAGACGCCCCUCGGUGAAGAUCAUCCCGCUGAAGUGGAGCCAAAUCUGUUGGAAGAGAAGACUUCUGAUAUCGUAACGGAGGACAACAACAUUGCGGAAAUUGAAACGGAACCGCCAGUAGAGCUUGUUCAGGAAGAUACCUCCUCUUUGGAAGUUUUGCCCGAGGACACCUUAUCUACGGAUAUUGAGGUGGAGCACGAAUCUGAACACUUACCGGAAACAGAAGAAACGGUUGAAAUUGAAAGUCCUAUUACUGAGCAAAAAGAGGAGGAACUGCAGUUAACUGUUGAACCAGAAACAAGCGUUGACGUAGAACUUGAACGUCCAAACAGCCUUAGCUUAGAGAUGGCUUCUAAACUGAAUCCCGAGGCAAAAGAAUUCGUUCCGGUCAGUUCACCAUCCAAAUCUAAUCCGACAAGUCCGGUAGCCAACGCUCCAUCCAUGAUACCUAACUCUUAUUUAAUGCUUGACGAUGAUACUGUUGUUGCCCAAAGCCCGAAGAAAUGUACCACCACGAUGGAUAAUAUUGAUGUUCCAGAAGAAGACGCCUUCCAGCAUGAAAUGAAUAAUCGACCUCAUGAACUGGAAAAACCAUCAGAAUACAUCAAUGGAAAUGCCGAGAUCACAGCUCGGUCUCAUUCCCCUGCUAGUGAACCAUCCUAUCAAGAGCUCAAUCUCAAAGAAGCUAUGCAAGCUGAUGAGAAAUUGGAACACGAUUACAACGACGAAAAGCAAGUAGUUCCCGAAGACAGCCCAUCGGAGCUUUCCAAUGAACAAAAUAUUUUGCAUGUGUUGAACAAGGAACAAGAUCCGAUGAACAUGUCAUUCUAUGAAGGUCGCGAUGAAGGGUUAUUGAGUAACUCCGAUGAGCUGAACAAAGUGCACGUGCUACCCGAAGAGGAUGAUUCUGAGGAGCAACCAAAAGAAGAAGCCGAUAAUGUUCAGAAAGCCGUUUGUGAAUCUACACCAAUAGAAGAGUCAGCUCAUGAUGAUGUUGCGUUGGAUAACAAGGAAGAAAUUGAAAACCCGGAAACUGUAUCACAGACUACCUUGGAAGAACACGUGGUAAUAAAGUCACCUGUUCAUGAAGAGCCACCUGCCGCAAUAUUUGCCGUAGCCUCCCAAGUAGUUAAUGAUGUUGCUGCACUGGUUGAUCAAAUGCAAAUUGAAUCGCCUAUUUCAAGCGAUCUUCAAGAUCUAGAAAUAAAACAAGAUGAAAAAGUAGAGCUUGAACAAUCAGCGACUGAAACUGAAGGCGUGAUGAUGGAACAAAAUAAUGAUAUUUUGAUUAGCUUAGAAAAUCAGAGUGAUUUCAAACCGCUAGAGGAUGCUGUUGUUGUAGAGGAACAUUCUGAAUCGCCGCACCCGAAUGCAGCAGAUGAUGAUAUCAAUCUACAUACUGCAGAAACCGAAGAACUAGUUUCACCACUAGUGGAAUCUGUACAACACGAGGUAGUGGCGGAGAACGAGUUCAUAACUGACGAGAGUGUAUUAAAUGUUCCUUCAUCGUCACAACCUGCUUUCUCACCUGAAGUUCCUGUUGAUUAUGAACCAUCUGUAGAGAAACCUGCAAAGGAAGUAUCCACAGCUGCCAACAUAGAAAGCGUAUCAACGGAACUUGUAUCUGAAGCGAAACUUGAUACAACAGCAACAGCUAAUUUAUUAGAUACAGUCACUCCUGUACUUGAGCAGGUAAUCAAACCAGUUGAAGAGCCCAAACCUGCUAUAGUAGCAUCUAAAUCAGCAACACAAAAAGCGACAGUAACUACUAAAGCCAGCACUACUAAAACAGCAGCAACAAAGACAACAUCAAAGACGUCCACAUUAACCGCUGACAAAAAAGCGCCUACGUCGGCAAAAUUACCAUCGAGACCCGCGCCCGCUAAACUUUCGACUGUCCCGAAGCCUUCAACUGCUGCCAGUACUGUAAAGAAAACUACUGCGCCGGCUACCAGCAGAACAGUGGGAAUUGCAAAACCAUCCACAGCUCCAUCUACCACCCGCACAAGUUUGGCCGCUACCGCAACGAAUAAGACUUCAUUAGCUGAGAAGAAGGCACCUCUAUUGGCUAAAAAACCGGCUACAACCGCAGUAAACGGUGACGUUAAGACUACUACCUCCAGAAAACCACUAACAUCAUCCACAUUGAAGUCAUCCACAACAGCCACAAAGAGCUCUACCACCACAACUAGCAGCAGUAGCAGCGUUCCAAGUGCUAGGUUGUCGGCAACAUCUGUAAAAUCAACAACAGCAAAACCAAUGACAACGACAACAUCAAAGACUUCAACAUCGGCACCUGUGAAACCAAGUUCAGGUACAUCUCGCGUUUCAUUGGCAGCCCAAGCAGCUAAGCCACGAACAGCACCAUCUACAGCGAGCAAGACUGCAACAUCCACGAUGGCGAGUAAAACCACUCAGGGAUCAUCCAGCACCCUAACCAAAAGGGUCAGCACCGUUGGGACCGCGGCACCCAGAACAACUACAGCAACAUCUAAGACGAUGACAACUGCUACUAAGACCAGCUCCGUUACCAGUCGGACAUCCACAGUUUCUAAGUUGAGCAGUACUAGUACUACUUCAACUGUGAGAAAAAUAACAUCAGCAACAUCGCCCACGAAGAAAGCAGUUCCAUCACCUACAUCGAAAACCACCGCUAAAACAUCUUCAACUGGCAAAACGGUAACAUCGACGAAAGUCACUGUUUCCAAUCACGUCAAUGAUGUCAAAGUUCCACUCACCGAAGACUCCAUCUCCAGUGAUCUUUUAAAUUUGGACAAGCAGUUUAAGAAUGAUAAUAAUCAACUCAUCACAAACAAUGGCAUCGAAACGCAAAUGAUGGUGAUCGAUUCAGCCGCAGACUAAAUUAUUGUUCCUUCGUUUUGUUAGGUACCAUUUUCUAUACAUUUUUAUUUUGUGACAUGUUUGCAUGUGUAACUGGCAAUCACACUAUUAUCAUAUACAUAUGUUCGAAGGGACAAAUUAGAAUCUUCAUUAUUAUUACAUAACAGUGAUACAAAUUAAUGCAUGUGUAGUAGUUGUCGUCGUAUGAUUCGGCUUAUCCGGCGGUGUUUUGGCAAAAGGGGACUCUAUUGUCUUUGAUAGAAACAUAAUAAAACCAAACGAACUGUUCAAUUUGAGAAGACUGUUGGUUUGCCAAUCCCCAUGUAAGUGACGAAUUGAAACAGCAUCGUCAGCAAUUCAAAGUGGUAUUGAAUUGACCGUUGAAAAAAAAAAAAAAAACGAAAAUGUCCAACAUUUGCAAUGCUUUAAACUGCUUACAAAAUUUAGCCUUUUGAUAACGAGGCGACGGCGCUUAAGUUGGUGUUUCAUUUGAGCUUCUAGGUAAUUAUUAUUCGCCAUGUUUGUUUUGGUGGCUCCGGUAAUGUUCCUUUUUUGGCGGGGUUUAUACAUCAGUGUGGAAAAAAUAUUAAUUUUGAUGUCUUCGACUCAAGACGAAUAUUUAAAUGAUUCUUUAACCGCCAACUGCUUAAUGUAAUCUAUGUGUCUUUUAUAAAAUUUGUGAUCAAGCUUGCGAUAUAUGCGCCUAAUUAAAUUGCCUUUUGGUAACAAAAUGCCGGAGAAUCGUUUAAAUCUUCGGUAGCCUUUUGAAAUUAUUCAAAAAUUUCCUUAGGUAAAGUUUGCUUUGUUUUUGCGCAUGCGUGUGGGCAAAUUUUGAAUGAUUUGACAAAUCCACAUUAUUUCAUUUAAAAAUAUAAAUUGUAUCUCAUUGCCUUUGAGAAAGUAGAAUGUGUUAAACGGCAACGCAAGACGAAACAAUAGGAAGAAAUGUCUGAGCAAGUUGAACACAUUCAAGUCACUAUUUCAUGAAUGUGCUGGCACAAUAUUAAAGUGAUUUUCAUUUUUUUUUUCUGAAAUUAAGAAUGUUCAAAAUUUGUUUGGGUCAUACUGAUUGAAUUUACGCCUUCAUUAUUAGGCUUAAAAGUGUUUAGAUGAAAUUACUUCAAAAGUCCAAAAAUAAAUUACAACAUUUGUCAGUCAUUGUUUAUCACUUCCUACGUCAAUCCUAAGUCAGAUACACGUUCACAAUAAAGCUGUACUGAAUAUACAUCUAAGCUUGCCUGUUUGCAUUCUACUUAUUUCAAAAAUACGCAUGCUAAAAGAAAAAAAAAAACAAUUUAAUUAUUCAUUAUUUGCUUCUUUAACCAACGGUGACAAUUAUCUAAAAAACACAUUUGUAUUUGAAGGUACAACUAGUGUUACCAAAAAGACCGAUGAAAUUGCAUAACGUCGAAAUUAAAUCAAGAGCGCUAUCGAUUAAACUCCAAUCGUUAUUAAAUGGAUUGAAUCAAUUUCGAACCAAAUCAAAACUGCCACCAUAAGUGCAGGUGAGAGUUCAACAUAAUGCUUGCUAUGCACUCAUCGUAAAUUAUGCACCAUAUACUUAUAGUUGUUAACCAUUCGAAAAAAAAAAACGAAACAAUUACAGCGAAAUCCUCGUACAGUAGACAUACAAUGUUUUGCAAUAAUAGUGCUACAGUGGGCUAUUCCUUAUUUAUAUACAUUUGCUAGUAAUUUAUUUUCCAUAAUAAUAAAUAUGCUAAUCGAACAAAAGUUUGUGCAGACAACGUUUCUCCGAAACACUAAAAAUCAUUCACUGAUGAUUUGAAUGGUGAAUUGAAGCAGAAUGGUCAUUACACAACAACAGCUAGUCUUGCAGUGUCUAUAUACAAAUAACGCACAAAAAAGCAAAUACGAAAAUAAUGCUGUAUCGUGAAACGGAAACUAACAACACCAUUUAUGCCAUUUCAGAAAUACUUUUGCUUGCAUUAUAUUUAAGGCAUAGGGUAUGUUACAACGGCAGAGUCCUACAUUUGAGGGCUAUUCUGCAAAGGCAAAAACAGAUAAUUGUAUGGCAUAUUUCACAAAACUAGUGAUUCGGCUAAAAUCAAACUCUUUGUCCACAUAUACAAAACUCAUUCAAGAUAAAUUCGCAUAGAAAUCGCAAACGUUAAUUUUAAUGAAUAAUAAAUAAUAAAUUGCAUUUUUGGCAAGCUAUAAUUUGCGCAUACUUUGUUGCUAGGAAGUCAUUAAUGUUACUGUUUUAUUCGUUGAGCAAAUGAAAGAACUGCGAUUGCAUACUACACAUAACAUACCGACCAAUUCAUACACGUAGCUAAUCAAAAAUAAAUAUCAUCUAAACAGUAGUAGAUAUGAAUCAACAACUUUUAUUCCGACUUGCGUUAAACAAAACAAGAAACCUUUCGAACAAAAACAAACCAAAUCGAACAAUCAAUCAAGAUCUUAAAUUCAGAGAAACUUAGACUGGAAAAGCAAAAGGGUUUUAAAAUGGUAGAUCUAUCAUUACGUCUUCACAUAAAAUGAUAUCGAAUAUGUUGUAAGAGGCAGAAUUAUUAUACCUUAUUGCUUGGUUGUUUAUUCCUAAAUAAUGAUUUUUAAAACGAAAGCUUAUUGGAACUGAUAAAAUUUAACACACCAUUAUAAUCAUUAUGAUAAAGAAAAUAACAACACUAUACUUAUGCUUGCAAUUUUACCCAGUUUAUUAUUCAAUGCAUUACACAUAAAGGAACUGAAGGAAAACGUCAUCAAAUGAAAAAAAAAGAGAUCUUUAUAGAGAGACGUUAUUACUGUUAGUCAGUUGUAAGGAUUAGCUGGAUCAAUAAAAAUGACGAUGAUUUAACGAU